AUGAGUUUUUCUUUUGACCACCCCCUCUCCUCCCACCACCUCUCGCCUCCAUGUGGAAUAGAUUUCCUUGGAAGUGAUUCUGACAAUGCUGAAGAAUCUGUGGUUGGCAAUGUCAACAGAUUUGCUGUUGUUCCUCCUGGCUAUGUUGCUAAACCCAAACAAGGUCACUUGGUUUUUGAUGCUUGCUUUGAAAGUGGUAACCUUGGUCGAGUUGAUUACAUAACAGAAUUUGAGUAUGAUCUCUUUAUUCGGCCUGACACUUGUAACCCACGAUUCAGAGUGUGGUUCAAUUUUACUGUGGAAAAUGUCAAAUCUGACCAGAGGGUUAUAUUCAAUAUAGUGAAUUUCAGCAAAACAAAAUCCCUUUACCGAGAAGGAAUGUCACCUCUUGUGAGAUCCAACAGCAGACCAAAGUGGGUAAGAAUUCCAGCCAAGAAUGUUUACUAUUAUCGGUGCCCAGAUCAUCGGAAAAAUUAUGUAAUGUCCUUUAUUUUCUGCUUCGACCGUGAAGAUGACAUCUACCAAUUUUCCUACUGUUUUCCUUACACCUACACCAAAUUGCAAAAUUAUUUGGACAGCAUUGAAAAGAAAUACCCAGAAAUAUUUACAAGGGAAUUGCUUUGUCUUACUGUGCCAAGUAUAAAUGUAUCAAUAUUUCCUAUCUAUCUACUUACCUACAGUAUGAUGAAAAAGUAUAUGGAUAUUUGA